AUGAUUUUCCUUUUCGGACUUCUUCAACUUACAACAGCUCAAUGGGGUCUACAGGGACCGUAUUCAGCCCAAUUGACAGGCUACAACCAACAGCAACAGCAACAGCAACAACCCAUCUACCAGAACACUUUCCCAAUUGGUCCACAAGUCUACUCAAUGGGACAAAUGCCGACGCAAAUGAUGACUCAAUAUUACCCACAACAAUCGCAAAUUGGUGCAUUUGAUGGCUCAUUUCUGCAAAGGCCCUUUGAUAGCUCUAACGCAAGAAAUUCCGAGAUUUAUCCGUCAUCGAUUCAAGGUAUCUCCUCAUUCUCUGAGGGUACCGUCUACUCAAAUGAUCAACGUCUUCCAUCGGCUUUCAGUCAAGAUACGAGAAUGCAAUUCAAGACUCCACUUUCCACGAAUUCCAUUCAAUCAAUUGCAGCUCAACCAGCUCAACCAGCUCAACCCCAACGAAUCGUUCCCCCAUUUUUGAAAGGAGUCGAUAAAGAGACUGAAGACCGGUUUUAUCAAAUUGUGCAAAAUUUGGAAUGGAAUGGUGAAGAAAAAGCAAAAAAAAUCGAGGAUUUUAUUAAAGAAUUAGAUGCAAAAAGACAGGAAACAUUCACCGAUUUCAAGCAAAAAAUCGAAACUGAGACAAUGAAAAGACAAAAAGAGGUCCAUCAAGUCGUCAACGGGAUGAGUGAAGAGGCGAAGAUACAAUUUCAAAAGGUAUCGGCUCUCCUGACCCAACCGAAUCUCUCCGAUGAGACUCGUCUCGAGAAAAUCUCUCAAUUCUAUGCGAAAAUCCCGAUCGAGAUUCGAAAAGAAUUUGAUCAAAAAUUGGCACAAUUUGGUCGAAGA